ACCAAUCGCACUGGAGAAAAACGGGCGAACGAGAACUGAACGAGGCAAUCAACAAAAAGAUUAUUGAAAGCGUAGCCAAAAAUGUCAUCUUGUUUGUGGCUGAUGGAAUGGGAAUCACAACUUCUACGAGUGCUAGAAUUUAUGGCAGAGGAGAAAGCGGCCAUUUGGCUUGGGAAAAAUUCAAUAACAUCGGAGUGCUCAAGACGUAUUCCGCCAACAAACUGGUACCGGAUUCUUGCAGUACAGCAACGGCUUUAUUUUGCGGAGUGAAAGCCAAUCACAAAACGUCGGGACUCGACGCUACGGUGGAAGUAAAUGAUUGUGAGGCAUCGCUAAAACCUUCAGCCCGUCUGGAUAGCAUAUUCAAAUGGGCCCAAUAUGCAGGAAAAUCGACAGGUAAACCAUCCUUCCGGAGUACCACUCUUCAUGUAACUGUGAGGGAUGCAACUACGGUUGCAUCCCUCACAGCAUUACUCAAGGAGAACUUUCCAGAAUUAGCAUGUGAAUCGAUGACCUUCAAGUUUCCUGAUGUCUACUCAUCCUUUAAAGAAAGUGAUAAUUCUAGAAGAAAACUUAAGAAAGGUUGUGAAUCCAAACUAUGGUGCACGUGUCAACCUUUUUUUAGAUCGCAUGGCAACGCCAAGGCAAGAGAAAGAGAGAGAAUAGAAAUAGAAACAUUGGCCCACACUAUGGAUUCUGAAUUUGGAGUGGAAGGCGGCAUGAUUGACCAGGCCCACCACAGAGGUCACGCUAGGAAAGCUUUAGACGAGACGAUCGCGUUCAGUGACGCAAUCGAACAAGCUCUGAACUUAAGUGAUCCAGCAGAAACAUUGAUCAUUGUCACGAGUGAUCACUCCCAUUCGGUGGUGCUCGCCGGAUAUCCAGAUCGAGGCACCGGCGUAUUGGCUCAAACACCAUCGGCAAUGGAUAGAGUCCCUUACACAUCGCUACUGUACGGAACGGGAGGGCCCAACAACUACCAGUUUCACGUGGAAAAUGGCACAGUCGUCCGACCUGACCCUUCCAAAAACGACACCGAAGAUUUUGAAUACUCUCAACAGUCGGCGGUUCUCACCGAUGAGGUAACUCAUGGCGGAGCAGAUGUAUUGGUUUUCGCGAGAGGUAAGGGCCAUCAUGGUUUCAAGACCUCGUUGUGGUUGAUA